AUUAUACUGAAAAAUCUCUCUUAUUUCAUCCCCUCCUGUUAUCUUCUACGUGCGCCCCAUCCACGUGGCGGCGUCCAGUUCGACUAAUGUUCGGUGCGCCCCAGAUCUACGUAACGGCGCCGUCAAAACGCCCGUUUUCAGAUUCCCCGUCACUGUUAACGGAGUCUGGACCACCUUUUGCCACCCCGCACUUAUAAGCCAAAUCAAUCCCAGCCGUCCAACCGACUCGUCAUCAUAACCAUCAUUAUCGUCGUCAUUGCACUCUCUCUCUCUCUCUCUCUCUCUCUAGAAACGAGCUCCAUAGAGAGAGACGGCGAAGAGCAAGUGAAUCAAGAACACGAAGAGCUUGCAGAAUUCGGCGAUGGAACUGGCUCGAGCUGCCACGUCAGCGAAUGAGGCGAGGAAGAGGAAGGCCGGCAGCGCGGACGGAGAAUUGGUCGAAUUGCCGUCGUCGUCGUAUGACUUGGAUCAGCACAAGAAGCUGAGACGACGCGUCAUCGUUGUGAGGAGCGCGCCGAAAUCCGAGGCGGAGAGCGUCCGGACGUCGAACGACGAUUUUUCGACGUCGGAUCACGCGGAGAGCUCCUGCUGCUCGAGUAACGGCUCGAGCGUGCUUGUGGAAGAUAGAAAAAUCGAGUUCGUAGAUCUGGAGGCCGAUGAGAGUGACCAGGUCGAAUCGUCGACGUAUAAUUCCAGCAGAGAUGAAAGGAGAGAGAUGACGGUGCCGACGAGCGAAGUUCGAGCGGAAGCAGAAUCGACGGCGGAACCAAAGGAGGCGGAGUCUCAACGACGAUCACCACCGGUAGUGAACGUGUUGGAGCUCGAAGAAUUCUUCGCGGCCACGGAGAAGGAAAGCCAACAAAAAUUUAUUGAGAAGUAUAAUUAUGAUGUCGUGAAGGACGAGCCGCUCGAAGGACGAUACGAGUGGAUUCGAUUGAAGCCAAGAAACACUAGUGAUCGAAAGGAAUCGAUAAAGAUCGAUAAUCCUCAUGCAUAAUCUGUUAUCAUUGUUAAUUUUUUUAAUUAGGUUCUGCUAAUUAAUUUCAGUUCUUCGCUUUGUUUAUCUUCCUUUAAUUAUGUACAGCUAAGCCUUAGCUCUCCAAGUUAAUUUAGAAGAAGAAGAAGCAGCAGCAGCGGCAGUUUGUUCUGCGUACGAUCUGAGUAUGAAGAGAACAAACGACUGUUGGAAUAACAAAGCUUCUAGAAUCCUAUUCUCCAUUCA